AUGUCCACGCGGACUACAAGAUCAGGCUACUAUCAGGGCCUUGUUCCAGGCGAUACCAUCCCGGCCUUCGCGCCCGCCGAGACGAUAUUUGGCACCGACACCACCACCGCCCCAGCGACGACGAGAAUCACGUUUCCCGAACCCGGGGGCGCAACGGUCGAUCUCUAUACGACAAGCAUUUCGGACGCAGCUGUCGCGGGAGGUUUUCGGGUGUCGACCGUCUCGAGCACCUUGACUGCGAACCCGGAAAUGAGCACGAGCACGAGCACGAGCAGAGGCACUGGCGCAGCGAGACAGUCAGCGAUGGACGAUGCAGACCCAACGACCGAAUCCACUACAAGGGCACCGUCAGGGACAAUGGCCAGCUCUGCCUCGAACGCAUCGACAACAAGCACGCAAACGCAACAACCCCCCAGCCUCGCCUCCGGAUCUCACAACUCCAACAACGUCAGCAACGGCGCCCUCGCCGGCGCAGUUGUCGGCAGCAUCAUGGCCACCGCGCUCAUCACCCUCCUCCUGACAAUCCUCUUCAUCCGACACCGCCAGAGACAACAAUCAAAGGCCGGGGGCCUGGGAAGCAACUCCAUCUGGACAUCGGACCCGGUUUCAGAACCCGGCCUCGUGCUGGCCCAGGAGAAGCAGACGCCCAACACCACAACCGGGUUCGAUACCCUAAUUGCGGGCAUAACGCCCCAGCCCGCCGACGAGGACACCGUGCGGUCCCGCAUCCUCACCCUCUUCGAUCAGGUCGCGCUGCAUGUGGACAAUUACUACGUGCCUGGGUCGACGCCGGCGUAUCUUUCGGAUGAUGCGCUUGCCAGACUGGAGCGUUAUAACUCGGGAUAUCUUCCUGCGGCGAUUGGGAAGAUGUUGGGGCAGCGGAGUAUUCGGCGGCCGGUUAUCACGCACGCUCUAAUCUACACAUUGUUAUACGCGAUUCGGCCGGUAGGAAGAGCUCAGGGGCAAGGGGCGGAAGCAGGCGCGCUUCUGCCCAGGGUCUUCGCUGCGCAGCCGGAGAUUAGAGAGUCAUCUUCAUCAACAGACUCCGCCCUCUUCACCUGGCGCAUGCUAACAGCAUACCUCCACACGCACUCCGCGUCCGCAUCCAAAGAACGCACUCCCCUCCCCACCGCCGAGUCCCUAGCAACCGCCUUCACAAUCGCAUUCACCCCCUACAGCUUCCCGAGCUUCACGGCCGAAGAGCGAACCGCGCACCUUACAACUCUGGCAAAUUCUGCGUCGGAACUGGGGCUUUGGCUCUUUGGUCAGCCGUGCACGUUUGAGAUCGUUUGGGAACGAUCCGGGGGCGCGUUUAGUGUUAUGCCGGGGGUAUACAAGACUGUUGAUGAGAGGGGGGUCAGGCUUGAGGGGUGGGUUGAGCUCGUUGAGGGCGAGAGGGUACUGUAUCCGGCUCCGGCCAGGGGGGAAGCUUAG